AUGUUGCACUCCUUUCGCGCGUUUCCGACGCACAACAUCGCGUACGAGCGCGACAGCGAUUACAGCAUUCAGCUGAAUCGCUGGUUUCUCAAGCCUCUCGGUGCCUGGCCCGGCGCGACGACCAGCGUGAUCGACAGAAUACUGUCGCGCUGUAUUCAAUUCGUCUGCUACUCCCUGAUCGUCAUCACGUUGAUACCUUGCGCGCUCUACAUUAUGCGCGAACCGGACGUGCAAUUGAAGCUGAAGGCCUUUGGUCCCAUGAUACACUGGCUGAUAAGCGGCGUGAACUACUGCUCGUUGUUGCUGCACAGCUACGAUAUACGCAAGUGUGUGGAUCACAUGCGCGACGACUGGCGGGUCGUGGAGAGAACGCGCGACCGCGAGGUGAUGCUGCGUAACGCCAAGUUCGGCAGAUUCAUAUCCAGCUUCUGCGCGAUUUUCAUGCAAGGCGGCGUGUGCUCGUACAGCAUCGUAACCGCUAUAACACCGGUGGUCAUUCAGAUCGACAACAUCACCAUAACGACGCACCAGCUGCCGUGUCCGUUCUAUAUCAAAUUCGUGGACGCUCGAUACAGUCCGGCGAACGAGAUCGUAGUCUGUCUGCAGUUGCUUUCGGCCGUUAUUGUGAACUCCGUCACGGUGGGCGCGUGCAGUCUCGCCGCGGUCUUCGCCACUCACGCCUGCGGCCAGCUGAGUAUUUUAAUGAUAAGACUGGACGAACUCGUUGAAGGGGCAGAAGACAAGCGCGAGAUCACGCAUCAGAAGCUGGCCUUUAUUGUAGAGCAUCAUCUACGUGUGCUAAGUUUUGUAUCGCAGAUAGAAGCGAUUAUGCAUCAGAUUUGUCUCGUCGAAUUGUGGUGUUGCACAACAGACAUAUGCUUGCUCGGAUAUUACACGAUCACGGAAUGGUAUCUGCACGAUAUCAAAACUUUGCUUACGUAUUUUACUAUAUUCGUCGCCAAGUCGGGCAACAUUUUUAUAUAUUGUUACAUUGCCGAAAUUCUCACGGAUCAGUGUCAAAAAAUAGGCGAAAUGGCGUACAUGACGAAGUGGUACCGAUUACAUCACAAAAUAGCGCUUGGCUUGAUUCUGAUAAUCUCGCGAUCGAACGCCGUCAUCAAAAUAACCGCCGGCAAAAUGAUUCAACUCUCUAUUGCGACUUUCGGAGAUGUGAUGAAAACGGCGUUUGUAUAUUUAAAUAUACUCAGAACAGUAACGAUGUAA